AUGAACACCCGCCCAGUCUUGGACUCUGACAAGGGCCCUUUCGCCCUGUCUGCCUCGUUCAACGCAGACAACUCCUGCUUCUCCAUAGCACUCGAGUCAGGGUUCCGCGUCUACUCAUCCAAAUCUGGUGAUCAAAAGGUCGCAAGAGAGGUUGGCGGAGGGAUCGGUUGCGCUGAAAUGCUCGGCACCACGCGCUACAUCGCCCUAGUUGGAGGAGGGAAGCAGCCCAAGUUCCCGCAGAACAAGGUCUGUCCCGAGGACUCCAGCUGGCACCUGCUCUCUCAUACUGACAUUACCUACGAGGUUCAAAUCUGGAACGACGCAACCCAGCAAGUCUCUACCUCGCUUGAGUUCAAGACGCCCAUCCAACGCGUGCGCCUCUCGCAGACGCAUUUGAUCGUCGUCCUGCUCAAUAAAGUCGGCAUAUACAAGAUGAAGAUGCCUCCCGAGAAGGUUGCCGACUACGAAACCAUAAACAAUCCCUUCGGCCUGUGUGAGCUGGGGAAGAACACGGUCGCAUUCCCAGGCAGAGCCGUUGGCCAGGUCAAACUGUUCGACCUGACCACGCACAACGUCAGCAUCAUCCCUGCGCACGAAUCGCCCCUGCGCGCCCUUGCCCUCAGUCAGAACGACUCCCAAGUAGCCACUGCAAGCGAACAGGGCACGCUGAUCCGCCUCUGGUCCUUCCCAAGCUGCACCAAGCUUUCAGAACUACGGCGUGGCGUCGAUCCAGCCGCCAUCUUCUCACUCGCCUUCUCACCUUCUGCCACAACGCUCGCCGUAACAAGCGAUAAAUCCACCCUCCACAUCUUCGACAUUGCGCAACCCAGCACCCAGCCCCCAGAUCCAAAAGACCACAAAUGGAAACUCCUCUCCAAGGUGCCCCUCCUGCCGCGCCAGUUCUCAGACACCUACUCCAACUGCUCCGCGAAAUUCGAAAUGGGCGACGAGCCCGCCAAUUUCGGCCCAGCAGCCAGAUCCGCAACGCUGAAUGCUGGGAUACCGGGUGUGCCGGGCGGCAGACCCACGAAAGGGUUGCUCGGCUGGUUGGACGAUCAGACUCUGCUCAUCAUCGGCGCUGGUCAGGAUGCGCGGUGGGAGAAGUUCAACGUCGGGUUCGACGAUGCGGGAAAGAGGGCAGUGGUGCGGGAUGGGUGGCGGCGGUAUCUCGACUAG